AUGGGUGAGGAUGGAAAUGCCAGCACCUUCAAUGUCUCCUACACCAACUUCUUCCUGGUGGGCUUUCCUGGGUUGCGAGAGUGGCGGCCCCUCCUGAUCCUGCCUCUUACCUUCCUCUAUGUGACCAUCAUUUCUGCCAAUGCCAUGGUCAUCCACACCGUGAUGACCCAGCGGAGCCUGCACCAGCCCAUGUACGUGCUCAUCACUCUGCUCCUGGCUGUCAACAUUUGUGCCGCCACCACAGUGAUGCCUAAAAUGCUGGAGGGCUUUGUGCAUUAUGCCAAUCCCAUCUCACUGCAGGGCUGCCUGGCCCAGAUGUUCUUUAUCUACUUCACCCUCCUUCUAGACUACAAUCUCUUGCUGGCCAUGGCCCUGGACCGCUAUGUGGCCAUCUGCCACCCACUCCGCUACACUGAUCUGAUGACCUCCCGCCUGUUGGGCCUGUUAGCUAUUCUUGCUCUGGCACGGAGCCUGGGAGUGGCAGUGCCCUUGGUCAUACUCACCUCACGAGCUCAAUUCUGCUGGACACCAGUGAUCCGACACUUCACCUGUGAGUACAUUGCACUGCUGAGCAUAGCUUGUGGGGACCUGACCUUCAACAACAGGUUGGGGCUGGCAAUGCGGUUGGUCACUGUGACCUUUGAUCUGGCCCUGCUGGGAACCUCCUAUACCCGCAUCAUCUAUGCGGCCUUCCGGAUCUCUUCGGGGGGAGCCCGAGCCAAGGCUUUGCACACAUGUGGCUCCCAUUUGCUGGUCAUCCUCACCAUCUACCUCUCUGGUCUCUCCACUUCCAUCGUCUUCCGAGUAGCCAAGACUGUAUCUCAGGAUGUGCAGAACCUGCUCAGUGCCAUCUACCUGCUGCUCCCAGGAGCUUUAAAUCCUGUCAUCUAUGGAGUGAGGACAAGAGAGAUCCGGCAACACAUAGAAAAAAUGCUCUGUAGAAAGGAGUCAGCCUAG